GAGUCUCCAGCGGGACUUGUCAAACUCCAGGGAAUGGCGAUGAGAAGUGAGGUCAGAGUUGAGGCAGGGGUAGAGGAAGAGGAGAGCUAUGGACCCCAGUUGUUGAGAAGAUUGGAGCAAAGUGGCAUCAGUGCCAGUGACAUUAAGAAGCUGGAGGAUGCUGGGUUCCACACCAUUGAGGCAGUGGCGUACGCCCCCAAGAAGGAGCUACUCAACAUCAAGGGGAUCAGUGAAGCCAAAGCAGACAAGAUUCUGGCUGAGGCUGCUAAACUGGUGCCCAUGGGCUUCACCACAGCUACAGAGUUCCACCAGAGGAGAGCUGAGAUCAUCCAGAUCUCCACAGGGUCCAAGGAGCUGGACAAGCUUUUGCAAGGUGGGAUUGAGACAGGCUCCAUCACAGAGAUGUUUGGAGAGUUCCGGACAGGAAAGACACAGCUGUGUCACACCCUUGCUGUCACCUGUCAGCUGCCCAUUGACCAGGGCGGUGGAGAGGGCAAAGCCAUGUACAUUGACACAGAGGGAACCUUCAGACCUGAGAGACUUCUUGCUGUAGCUGAGAGAUAUGGACUGGUAGGCAGCGACGUGCUGGACAAUGUGGCGUAUGCACGAGCCUUCAACACGGACCACCAGACACAGCUGCUGUACCAGGCUUCUGCCAUGAUGGCCGAGUCCAGGUAUGCCCUGCUGAUUGUAGACAGCGCCACAGCACUUUACAGAACAGACUAUUCAGGCAGAGGGGAGCUGUCGGCACGACAAGGCCACUUGGGGCGCUUCCUGCGGAUGUUGCUGAGGCUGGCAGAUGAGUUUGGCGUCGCUGUGGUGAUCACAAAUCAGGUGGUGGCUCAAGUGGAUGGGGCUGCCAUGUUCUCUGCAGAUCCUAAGAAGCCAAUUGGGGGAAACAUUUUGGCACAUGCCUCCACCACACGGUUGUAUCUGAGGAAGGGCCGAGGAGAGACGAGGAUAUGUAAAAUCUACGACUCGCCGUGCCUUCCUGAGGCCGAAGCCAUGUUUGCCAUCAACGCUGAUGGCGUGGGUGAUGCCAAGGAUUGAUUGAGUGCUGUGUAAGAGAGAAGUCAGUGAACGUUGCCAUGUUGCACCCUCCUUUAUGUGUCUAGCUGCAGGGUUGUACACAUUUAGAUGUGCUCCUGCUUUACCGUUUCCUCACAAUGUUCAAGAAAGAUUGUUACCAAGGAGCUUGAAGGCCGUCAUCCCCGGGUUGUGUACGAGUCUGGACUGGGUUGUUGUGUAAAGCAGACCUGAGCGACAAGAUGAAGGGUGGAGAUUCUCUUUCAGAGGACAACAAUUCACAGUAAGGUGGGACAUUUGUACAUAUUUCAAGCCUACUGGAGACUGGGCUAUUGUCACUACUGCAUGGUUGAAAGGAAGAAAAAAAAAAGUACACCUUAAUUUUCUAAUGGUCUCCAAGGGGUGUCAAGCGUUCAGUUUUUGUUUCUCAUUUUUAUUUUAAAGGAGGAUGCUGUUGAAACAAUAUGACGAGUCGCAUAACUCUAUACUUGCCGUCAUUUUGCCUGUUUUUUAAUUGGAAAGUUAAUGGCAAGCGAUGUAUUUUGCUCUUUUUUUGUUUGUCCUAACCAGACAUUCGUUCUGUAUAUAAACUUUAUG